GUCUCGCGACACUUGUACCUCUCGUUGCGCGUGGUAGGAAGUUUGGCGCGGGAGUUGUGAGGGGAACGGUGUGGUGCGGUGUCGGGAGUUUUCGCGCCAGCCAGCCAUGCCGGCCCGCAACACCCCGAGCAGCGGCGGGCACCUGGGGGCAGAGAUGGGUGAACAAGCAGAGGCAGCUGUGAUUACACCAUCCAUGCUAGAAGAGGAGGAGCAGCUGGAGGCAGCAGGGAUGGAGAAGGAGAGGGAAAUGCUGGAAAAGGCUCGCAUGUCCUGGGACAGAGACUCCAGUGAAAUGCGCUACAAGAGGCUUCAACACUUGCUUGAAAAAAGCAACAUAUAUUCAAAAUUCUUGCUGACCAAAAUGGAACAGCAGCAGCUGGAGGAGCAGAAAAGGAAAGAGAAAUUAGAAAAAAAGAAAGAAAUGUUAUUAAAAGCGGCAACGAGUCGGAAUCUAACUGAUGAAAAAGAGGAGAAAUCUGCUGUGAAGAAAAAAAGAGGAAGAGAAGAUGAAACCUAUUACAUUUCAGAAGUCAUGUCCAAAGAGGAAAUCUUGUCAGUGGCCAAAAAAAGCAAAGUAGAAAAUCAGGAUGAAAGCUCUUCUAACAAACUGUGUGCAGAAGACCUACAGAAAAAUGGAGAUUCUAAUAGUGUCAUUAAAGAUAGGUUGUCGCAAGCUGUACGACAUAAUGCCAAGCACUUCCUUGAUCCAGUACGGAAAUUUAACGGGCAGCCAAUACCCUUUCAACAGCCAAAGCUUUUUUCAGGAGGUGUUAUGAGGUGGUACCAAGUUGAAGGCAUGGAAUGGCUCAGGAUGCUUUGGGAAAAUGGCAUUAAUGGCAUUUUGGCUGAUGAAAUGGGACUUGGAAAGACAAUCCAAUGUAUUGCUACAAUAGCACUGAUGGUAGAGAGAGGAGUCCCUGGGCCAUUCUUAGUAUGUGGUCCCUUGUCUACUCUUCCUAACUGGAUGUCCGAGUUCAAGAGAUUCACUCCAGAGAUUCCCAUAAUGCUGUACCAUGGAGCCCAGCAGGAACGUCGUAAAUUGGUUCAAAAAAUUCACAGGCGAGAAGGUUCACUGCAAAUUCAUCCUGUGGUCAUUACCUCGUUUGAAAUAGCCAUGAGAGACAGAAAUGCCUUGCAGCAUUGCUUCUGGAAGUAUCUGAUAGUGGAUGAAGGACAUAGGAUUAAGAACAUGAACUGUCGUCUUAUCAGAGAGUUAAAACGGUUUAAUGCUGACAAUAAACUUCUGUUAACUGGUACUCCCUUGCAAAACAACUUGGCAGAACUCUGGUCGCUACUUAACUUCCUGCUGCCAGAUGUAUUUGAUGACUUGAAAAGCUUUGAGUCUUGGUUUGACAUUACAAGCAUUACAGAAAUUGCUGAAGAUAUUGUUGCUAAAGAAAGGGAGCAGAACAUCUUACACAUGUUGCACCAGAUUUUGACGCCUUUCUUAUUGAGAAGACUGAAAUCUGAUGUAGCUCUUGAGGUUCCUCCUAAACGAGAAGUUGUGGUGUAUGCACCACUGGCAAAGAAACAAGAAACCUUCUAUACAGCUAUUGUAAAUCGGACCAUUAAAAAGCUGCUUGGAAACAAUGAGGAAGAAGUAGUCGAAUUGAGUCCUACAGGACGACCAAAGCGUCGGAGUAGAAAGGCGGUUGAUUACCGUGAAUUAGAUGCUGAUACACCUGAUGAGCUGGAAAAACUGAUCAGCAAAAUGCAAGAGGAAGUAGAAAAAGAGAGGCCAGUGAUAGAAAUGACCAUUCCUACAGAUUCAGAAAUCAACCUUAAACUGCAGAAUAUUAUGAUGUUACUGAGGAAGUGUUGUAACCAUCCAUAUCUCAUUGAAUAUCCACUGGACCCUGCCACACAGCAAUUUAAGGUUGAUGAAGAUCUAGUGAAGAAUUCAGGCAAAUUCCUGCUUUUGGACCGGAUGCUGCCAGAACUGAAAAAGAGAGGACACAAGGUGUUGCUGUUCUCACAAAUGACACUGAUGUUGGACAUUUUGAUGGAUUAUUGCUAUCUGCGGAAUUACAAAUUUAGUCGUUUGGAUGGAUCCAUGUCCUAUACAGAGAGAGAAGAAAAUAUGCAUAAAUUUAAUACAGAUCCUGAAGUUUUCAUAUUUUUAGUGAGUACACGGGCUGGAGGCCUGGGCAUUAAUUUGACUGCAGCAGACACGGUCAUCAUCUAUGAUAGUGACUGGAACCCCCAGUCUGACCUUCAGGCCCAAGACAGGUGUCACAGAAUUGGUCAGACAAAGCCAGUUGUUGUUUAUCGCCUCGUGACAGCAAAUACUGUUGACCAGAAGAUUGUGGAGAGAGCUGCUGCCAAAAGGAAGCUAGAGAAGUUGAUUAUUCAUAAAAAUCAGUUUAAAGGUGGUAAAUCUGGGUUAAUCCAAACAAAGGGCUGCUUGGAUCCUGAGGAAUUAAUGGAAUUACUGAAAUCCAGGGACUAUGAAAGAGAGGUUAAAGGCUCCAGAGAGAAAGUAAUCAGUGACAAAGAUUUACAGUUACUGCUGGAUAGAAGUGACCUUAUUGACCAAAUGAAAAAGUCUGAAUCAGUUGAAAAAGAAAAAGUGGGAGUGUUCAAGGUCCUAGAAGAUUCCGAAGACUCCAAUGCAGAAUGUGUAUUUUGAAGCGUGACUGGCUUCUAAAAGUACAGCCCAAACUUCUUGGGACUAACAGCAGAGCUCCUAAGGCUAUCAUUUACAUAUAGUGACUCUCGAUUAUGCUGAUCUUCCCCCCUCCCUCUCCCCAGCCUAGUUCAAAUCCUCCUUUUUUUUUUUUUUUUCCAGUGAGUUGUAACACGUCAGGUAGCAUACUUCAUGAUGUAGCAUGCCUAAAAAAUUCAUACUUGUGAAGCUCACGUGAAGAAUUAUGAAAAUGAACAUGUUUCAGGUGUUUAAGUAGCUUGUGUGAUCCAGUGACAAACACUGCCAGGUUUAUACAAAAUCUUCCUGUGGAAGUUUUGUGAAUUUUUUUUUAUUUUUCUCUCUAAUUUGACCUAAUGUGUCAAUUAUGAUUUUAUGGGGAAAGGGAAGACUGUCUAGUACAUCUGUUUACAAACAAUCGUGUAACUUCAGUUUUAAAUUUUGCAAAAUGUUUUGCUAAUAAAUUUGUCCAUUUUGGCAUGUGAAUUUAUUGGGGGUGGGGCAGCUUUCCAUGUAAGAAUAUCUUGUUUAAUCAUGCCUCUUUCUGAUCUGUGAAAGGUCCCUUGUAGGUGAAAUUAGGGAAAGUGACCAAAGCUAAAUACUUUUCAGUGUUCUUAAGGUAAUGGGCUAAAGCAAUCACCUGAGACAGCAUACCCCAAGCAUGGAAUUUGCCACAGACUGGUAUUUCGGGAUCUAUGCUUAAAAAAAAAACACCACCACAAAACACCUCUCUCCUUCAGAGUACCAAUGAACUCUUAAUUUAGGCCAUGUAAACUGGUGCAAUGUUAUCACCUUCAGGCUGUAGUCAGGUUAGUAUGCCCUAAGAGGUAUGAAUUGGGACAUGCAUUUCAGUGGCCAGUUAGCUUUUAAAUACAAUGUGUAAAUGUUACACUAUAGUCAAAAGCUCUGUCUCCCAUCGUAGAAUAACACAUUUUCAGUACAAAUAUAUAAUAUAUAGCCAUUUUAAACUGCUCUGUUCAAGUGCUAGCAAACCUGGAAGAACUAGGGCAGAACCUAGCACUACUUUGACUGUAGUAGCAUAGUUGAACUGCUUCCAGCAUAAUUUAAGUUUACAGCUUUUCUGUUUGAUUUUUACAGGGGAAAGUCAAGUUCUGUAUGUCCUGAAUGACUUAAGUGAGUCAAGAACUAAUGAAGUGUAAUAACAAAGCCUGACAGUUUCAAAAGCACCUAGGGGCACUGAUUUCCUAAAUCCCCUAAAUGUAUGGCAAAUACCACUGGUUUAAGGGUUUGCACCAGUUUGAAUUAAGUUGGUUAAAGCAUUGCACUUCUCUGUUAUAGACAGGACCUUGAACUGUUUCAGGGGAGAGUUUCAAAAGCACCCAAUAGAUAAAGGAAAGAGUCCUACUAAAAGUUAAUGGCACUGAUUGUCUAAAAAAAUCCUUUAUAAUGUGUAUUAAAAUUGCAUGGCAUUUAAGCCAGUCUUUGAAAUGUGGGAAUUAUCCCCUCUGAGAUCUAAACCUAGUAUCUACCUUCAGCAAGUUUACACCUUCCUCAGAAGCAAGUCCUACUGGCCACAGUCAACCAGAGCUGGAGUAGCAGCCCUUAGAAUGAAUUGCUGUUCUGCUGUGGAACCCUUAUGCUGGCAGCAGCUUUCAUUUAUGAUGUGGUAAGAGAGAAGUAACUGUUUCCAAGAAAAGGUGAUAGCUGGAAAGCCCUAAUUAUGCAGGCCAGAAAAGAAUUUGAAAGAGUAGCUUGCGAAAUACUAAACAGCAAAAUUGUUUUUUAGUACAUCAGAAGCAGGCAGCUUGCCUAACAGUGGGGCCAUUGGAUGAUUAAGGUGCUAAAGAAGCACUCAAGGAAGAUAAGGCCACUGCAGAGAAGCUAAAUUAAUUAUUUGCAUUGGUCUUCUCUGCAUAGGAUGGGAAGGAGAUUCCAACAUCUGAGAUUCUUUUUAGGUGACGUAUCUAAGGAACUAUUUCAAAUAGAGGUGGUUUUGGAACAAAAUUACUGAUAAGUCACGAGGUCCAGAUGAUCUUAACCUGAGAGUUUGGAAGGAACUCAGAUAUGAAAUUACAGAACUACUCAUUCUGGUAUGUCACCGAUCACUUACAUCAGCAGCUGUCACACUGGUGGAUAGAUAAUGUAAUAUUGACACUUACAGGGUGGUAACCCUAAAUUAAUUCAUUUCAACCGAUUUGCCUGGUACUGAACAGAAUUAUCAGACACCUAGAUUAUGAUAGGGAAGAGUCAACAAGGGAAAUGAUGCCUCACUAAUUGUCUUUGAGGCUAAGGGUGAUAGGGUGUCCUUGGACUAUCAGAAGGCCUUUGAUGGAGUCCCUCACUGAAGGCCUGUAAGCAAUGUAAGCUGUCAUGGGAUAAGAGGGAAUGGCUUCUUAUGGCUCAGUAAUUGGUUACAAGAUAAGAAACAAAGGGUAGGAAUAAAUGGUUGGUUUUCACAGUGGAGAGGUAAAUAGUAGGGUCCCCCACAGAUUUGUACUGGGACUAGUGCUGGUCAGCAUAAUCAUAAAUGAUCUGAAAAGGGGUUUAAACAGUAAGGUGGCAAAGUCUGCAAGUGUUACAAAAUUACUCAAGAUGGUUAAACCCAAAGCUGAUUGCAAAGGGUUACCAAGGGAUCAUGCACAACACAAUGGCAGAUGAAAUUAACUGCAAAGUAAUGUAGCCUGGAAAACAAUCCCAAUUAUACAUACAAGAAAAAGAUCUGGGCUAAUUUUCUGAAAACAUCUGUUCACUCUGCAGCUGCAGUCAAAAAAGUGAACAAUGUUAGCAACCAUUAGGAAGGUGAUAGUUAAAACCAUACAUAUAUUGCCACUCUAUAACUCCAUGGUAUGCCAACAACUUGCAUACUGGGUGCAGUUCUUAUCACCCCCAUCACAAGGAAAGAUGUAUAAGAAUUGGAAAAGGUACAGAGAAGGGCCACAAGAAUGGUGAAGGGUAUGAAAGUGCUUCUAUAUGAGGAGAGUUUGAUGGACUGUUCAGCUUAGGAAAGAGAUGACUAAAGGGAAUAGGCUAAAGGUUUAUAAACUCAAGAAUAGUGUGGCAGAAGUGUUAUUUGUCUCUUCAUGUAAUACAAGCACCAAUGGUCACCCAAUUAAAUUAGUGGACAGCAGGUUUAAAACCAUAAGGACUUCCUCGUCAUUGUGUGGAGUUCGUUGGGCUGUUGUGAAGGUCAAAAGUAGCACUGGAUUCAAAAAAGAAUAAGUUGGGGCUAAGUCCAUCAAUCAGUCAAGGUGGUCAGGGUCCCAUGCGCUCUGUGUCCGUAAAUCUCUGUUUACCAGAAGUUGGGACUGGCCAGUAGGAGAGAUCACUUCAUAAUUGCCCUGUUCUGUUCAUUCCUGCUGAAGUAUCUGGUACUGGCCCCUUCGAAGACAGGCUACUGGGCUGCAUGGGGGUAGUCAUUCUCAAGAGUUGCUGAAACAGAGAGCAAGGAGGUCAAGCCCUUCUCUACUGCCAAAAGCCUCAGUAGCCUCUUAGGGUUCUGAAACCCAAGCAGUCUAUUACACUUCCCACCAUCCAAUGAACAAGGUAUGCCUUUUAAACUACACUGCUCAACUGGAUCAGAAUCCCACAAACCCCCACAAUUAAUGGGGGGGGUCACGCUCAAGUCAGCAGGGACAUCAGCCUUUCAUAAGCAGGUCCAUGAGGGGGGCAUCUC